UGUCCGAACUGCGCACCAGUUGAGCGCCCAACUCUGCAGAGGCGACACGCUCGAGGAGCGCAGCGAAGCGGAUCUCCUUUUCCAUAUUUCGCUCGUUGUUCUAGUUCGCUUUCUGAAGUGAGCCAACCGCUUGGAGCUGCAAUAUCUUUACUUCUCACUCGGGUUUCGGGAUGAUGAUCCGUUUGGUUGUGACUAUGGCGCUCGUGGCGGCGUGCGCGGCGUCCGAGUACGAAUACGUGAGCUGGAAGUCGGACUCGUACAACGGCGGGCGCAGCUACGGAAAGCCCCCCCAAUGCGUGGACAUCCCGGACGACCUGCGACUGUGCCACAAUGUGGGCUACGGUCAGAUGCUGCUGCCCAACCUGCUGGAGCAUGAAAGCAUGGCCGAGGUGAAGCAGCAAGCCAGCAGCUGGGUGCCCCUGGUGCACAAGAACUGCCACCCGGGCACGCAGGUAUUUCUCUGCUCGCUCUUCGCACCCGUGUGCCUGGAGCGCCCCAUCUACCCGUGCAGAUGGCUGUGCGAGGCCGUGCGGGACGGCUGCACCCCCAUCAUGGAGGCCUUUGGCUUCCCCUGGCCUGAGAUGCUCACCUGCGACAAGUUCCCUCAAGACGACGUGUGCAUCGCCAUGUCCCAGCCCAACGCCACAGAAUCCACAAAGCAGACAGGUUAUUCUCCCAUUUGCCCUCCUUGUGACAAUGAAAUGAAAACAGAUGCCAUGCUGGAGCACAUGUGUGCCAGCGAGUUUGCCUUUAAGACCAAGAUCAAGGAGGUCAAGCGAGAGAACAUGGACCGCAAGGUGACCUUUCAGAAGAGGAAGAAGAUGCUGAAAGCGGGGAACCUGAAGAAGAAGGACCUAAAGAAGCUGGUGAUGUACUUGAAGAAUGGCGCCGACUGCCCAUGCCAGCAACUGGACAACUUGGGGAACCACUACCUUAUCAUGGGCCGCAAGGUUGACAAACAGUUCCUGCUCACUGGCAUCCACAAGUGGGACAAGUCCAGCAAAGAGUUCAAAAAGGCCGUCAAGAAACUGAAGACCCACAAAUGCCCCGCCUUCGAGAAUGUCUUCAAAUAAAAUGAGCUCCCUCCAAAUAGUCACCUCUCCUCUUCCAUAUGAACUUGCACAAGCAUUCAACUCUGAUACUUUGCUUUUUUUAUUGUCUUGUUUAUACCUAUAUAUCUUUCUAUGUUCACACAUCAUUUGGAAUGUCCCUUUUACAGUUUUUGAGUGAGUGAUGUCAUCACAAAUUGAAGUUUCUUUAUUUUUUUUCAGAUGAGAAAGCCCUACUCUGAAGAUGCUUUCUCAAAUUUUGAUCCAGGUCAGUCUAUUUUGCUUGAAGGUAAUAUUUUGUAAAAUAAUUUCAGCUGGUUCUGUCUAAAUUUUUGUUAGGAGAAUGCAAGGAUAGUCAACAUUUUGUAACAAAUCAAGCAUGCGUAACAGCUUGUUUUUUAUUCACGUCUAUAAAAGACAGCCUGUUUUUAUAUUAACUUCCAAAUGACCAAAAAUAAACUAUAAACUAUGUAAAUUAUUAGUAUCAUGAUGAUAUUGUUUGUAUUUCAAGUUUCACAGCGGAUCACACGUCUUCCAUAGAAAAAAAAGUGAACUAUGGCAUAUGGCGUGCGAUGAUUCUGUUGUUAGAUAAAGACGCUGCCACUUACAGUUGCUUGUUUUCAUUGUCAUGCUUCUUUCAAACUCUCACAGAAAACUUCGUUUCAAUCAUAUUUUUUCCAGGGUGUCACUUUCCACGAAAUACAGUAUUGUGCCUCUUUCUCUACUGUGUACUUGUAGUAAUCGUUAUUAAGAUGAAUUGAAAUUGUUUGCAGUUUGACAUGUCUUCAUCUGAAAACAGGUCAACUGUUGUCUGAAGUGUUUUGUUUGAUAUUGUUGGUCUGUAUUAGCACUAUUUUGGGUGCAUUUCUGACCAUUACCUGUAUAUACAGAUUUUACAUAAAUAAGG